AUGGUAGCAACGAAUGAUAAACAAUAUGGUUUAGAUGAAAUGUCAUUCACUGUACAAUCACCAAUUAUGAUUCAACCUACACCACCAAGAUUUCUUAAUUAUGGUAAUACAUCUCAUUUCUCAGUUAUUUUACAAAAUCAAACUGAUUUAUCAUUACUACUACACGCUGCAGUUGGUUAUUCAGUUGUACUACAACCAAAUAAACGAAUUGCUCUCACAUAUUCGGUAUCAACAAUUCAUUCUGGUACAACUCGAUUUCAGUUCAUAAUCAGUACUGUCAAAAAUGACGCAUGUGCACCAUUUGGCGAUGCAAUUGAGCCAAGUUUACCUGUAUUCACACGAGCAACAUCUGAAGCAUUUGCAACAUGUGGUGAUAUAUAUGAAGAAGUAGUUUUACAACCGAUAAAGACACCAGAAAAUGUUAUACUACAAUUUGGUGAAUUAUCAAUAACAAUAAGUUCAACAGCAUUAGCAUCAUUAACAGAUGCAAUUAUUUCACUCUAUACAUAUCCAUAUGAAUGUACAGAACAAAUAAGUUCAAGACUGUUAGGUAUACAAGCACUAUGGGAUGUUUUACAAGCAUUUCAUUGUAAAUAUCUACCAGAAAUAUCAUUAUUUAAAACUAAACUAGAGUCAGAUCUGAAUAUACUAAAAGGUCGUCAAUAUUCAAGUGGUGGAUUUGGUUAUUGGACAAAUCGAAAUGAUUCUUACGCUAAUCCAUUUAUGAGUGUACAUAUUGCACAUUGUUUAGCUGUUGUUGUGAAUAAAAAGGUAUUUUAUGUUGACAAGACUAUGCUGAACAAUGCACUAAAAUAUCUUGGAAAUAUUGAACCUGAAAUUAAUCAAUUAUCAUACACUAAAUAUUGGUCUCAAAUAACUCGAUUUAGUUUGAUGAGUUAUGCAUUAUAUGUAUGCGCAAAACAUCUUCAAAAUGUGGCUGAUGAAGCUUCACAAUUAUUUAAGCGAAGUGGAUUUGAUAAACUUAGUUUAGAAGCAUUAGGAUGGUUAUUAGUAGCAUUAUCUAUGAAUAAAAAUACUCAUAACAAUCAAACAAUCGAAACAAUAUAUAAACAUUUAAAAGAUAAAGUAAGUGGAACAAGUGAAACAGCUUAUUUUAUUACAUCAUAUGGUCAUGAUGGUCAAUCAGUUAUGUUACAUUCAAAUCAACGAACAGAUGCCAUAUGA